AUGUCACACCAUAAGAAGCGUGUUUAUCCUCAGGCUCAGUACCAAAUUGCAGAAGGGAUUGCACAGCCAAUUGUUGGUGGAGGUGUUCCUCCGCAAACUGUAGGUGCUGGACAGCCGCAAUUUCUGACUCCUGCUCAACAACAUUUGCAUCAACAGAUCGACCAAGCAAGUAACGGCAUUGGUAAUAUGCAAUUACACAACGUUCCUGUGGUUGAUCCUACUGCAUUCCAGCAAGCUGGAACCCCGGUGCAACAACCACCAUACGGUGGGGCUCCUCAAUAUGGCCAGCCAAUGAACAGUGGCUACGGCGCCGAUAACAUAUCCGGUGUUCAGCAGCAGUAUCAGCAGCCAAUGCAACAGCCGUAUGGGCAAACGUACGGACAACAGCAGCAGCAACCACAAUAUCAACAACCAGGAGUAGGAAUGGCUGUGGGUAAACCAAUGAAUCAAUUGUACCCAGUUGAUUUGUUCCAAGAAUUGCCUCCUCCAAUCACUGACUUGUCUUUGCCUCCACCACCGUUGAUGCUCCCUCCAGAGAAGAUGAUUGUUCCUAACGAUACAGUUAACAAUUGUUCUGACCAUUUAAGGUGCACUUUGAACGCCGUUCCAAAAAACAAUUCUUUACUGAAAAAAUCGAAACUACCAUUAGCUAUGGUUAUCAGACCAUACACUAAGUUAACCGACUCUGAAUGUCCAGUGCCAACUAGCGAAGACGGUGUUGUGGUUCGUUGUAGACGUUGUCGUGCCUACUUGAACCCCUUCGUACAAGUAAUCGAGAAUGGUUUACGUUGGAGAUGUAACUUCUGUAACUUGGCGAACAACUUCCCUCAAGCAAUUGAUAUGAAUGGUAACCGUUACGAGAGACCCGAAUUCAACCAUUCUGUUGUGGAUUUCGUUGCUCCUAAAGAAUACGCUGUCAGACCACCACCACCAUCCACUUACGCUUUCAUUUUGGACGUUUCUCAGGCAUCAAUCAAGAAUGGCUUGUUGGCUACUGCUGCAAGAACUCUCUUGGAAAGCUUGGAUACCAUUCCAAACCAUGAUGAGAGAACAAGAAUCUCUAUUAUUUGUGUUGAUCAAUCUCUACAUUACUUCCGUAUUCCUUUGGACGAAGAAGGUGACAACAUUAAGAUGUACGACGUCGCUGACUUGGAUGAACCAUUCUUACCUUCUCCCACUGGCCUAUUGGUUCCACUAAUUGAGGCUAGAAGCAACAUUGAAAAAUUAUUGACUAGCUUACCAGAAAUUUUCCAACAAAAUAUUCAACCAAGAUUUGCCUUGGCCUCUGCUCUAAAGUCUGCUUUGAACUUGAUCAGAGCUCAGGGUGGUAAGAUUAUUGUUGUUGGUGCCACUUUGGCCAACGUCGGUGAAGGUACAUUACAUAAGAGAAAUGAAAAGGCUGUUGCAAAUACUUCCAAGGAAGCUUCCACUUUAUUGAACACUGGUGACGCAUUCUACAAAUCUUUCCCUAUCGAAUGUAACAAAUAUCAAGUUACGGUGGAUAUGUUUAUGGCUUCCGACGAUUAUGUCGAUAUCGCAUCUAUCUCUAACCUAGGCCGUUUCACUGGUGGCCAAACCCAUUUCUACCCUGGUUUCAGUGCCUUAAACUUGAUCGAUGUUACAAAGUUCUCAAAAGAAUUUUCAAAACACGUAUCCAUGGAUCUAUCUUUGGAAGCUGUUAUGAGAGCUCGUGGUUCGUCAGGCUUGAAAAUGACCGGAUUUUACGGUCAUUUCUUCAAUAGAUCUUCAGACUUGUGCGCUUUGGCUACGGUUCCAAGGGACCAAUCAUACGUUUUUGAAAUUGGUAUCGAUGAACAAUUAACAAAGGACUUUGUGUACAUUCAAAUUGCUUUAUUAUUGACAUCCAAUGCUGCCCAAAGAAGAAUUAGAGUCAUAACUAUUGGUAUUCCAACUACUGAUAAGCUAACUGAAGUCUAUGCUUCUGCAGAUCAGUUGGCCAUCACAGCAUACUUCGCUCAAAAGGCUGUGGAAAGAGCUCCUUCUUCUGGCUUUGAAGACACUAGAGAAUUUUUCAACAAAUCUGUCCAAGAGGUUUUGGCUACAUACAAGAAAGAAGUUUUGACUUCAAACACAGGUGGCGGAGCUCCAUUAAUGCUCUGUAGUAACCUAAGAAUGUGGCCUCUAUUGAUGCAUUCUCUAACUAAACAUAUGGCUUUCCGUUCUGGUAUUGUUCCGGCUGAUCACAGAGCUCAAGCAUUAAAUAAUCUUGAAACGUUACCAUUGCCAUAUUUGAUUCAAAACAUUUAUCCAACAGUAUACUCCUUACAUGACAUGCCUGACGAAGCUGGUCUUCCCGAUGAAGAAACUGGUGAAAUUGUACUACCGCAACCAAUUAACUCCACCUCGUCUUUAUUGGAAAGAUACGGUCUGUAUUUAAUCGACACAGGAUUGGACAUGUUCUUAUGGAUUGGCGGUGAUGCUGUCCCAGAGCUUGUUACAGACGUGUUUGGAACCCCGGACAUUAUGGAAAUUCCAAUUGGUAAAAAUGAACUACCUCUAUUAGACGCUACUGAGUUCAACCUAAGAGUGAGGAAUGUUAUUACAAAGAUAAGAGAACACGAUGAUGUUAUCUUCUACAAAACCUUGCACAUUGUCAGAGGCGCCUCACCAAGUGAACCAAUGAACCAUCCUUCUGCCAGGGAAGUUGCUUCUCUAAGAUUAUGGACUGCAUCUCAGUUGGUCGAAGAUAAGGUCCAAAACAGCUGGAACUACAGAGAAUUCUUACAAAACAUGAAGACAAGAAUCUCGAAGUAA